UUUUAUCGUAACUCCAUCUAGUGAGUAACGAUCAGAAAUAUCUUAUGUCAGUUUAGAAGUAUACAAAAACAAAUCAAAUUGAAUAGAGGAUAUGGUGUUAAAACUUGAAACUUGAAUUUUGCAACAUUAUUUCGACAUUAUUGCUUCAUGCAAUAAAAAAAUCUUCUUAUAAUUUUUGGAUAACACGUCUAAGUAAAAAAUAGAUGAAACUAGAAUCAUAAAUGAGGUUAUCGAAUUUACAGUUAUUUUGACACAGUAUGCUAAUAAAAUAUCUACAUAGAGGAAAAUAAUAUUUAAAAACAUAGAUGAUCCUUAUAAUUAAUCGUAUAAUUUUCGAUUUGAAAGAUGAGUUAUUGUGACAGACAAGGAUUAACAGAAGAAUGUCCCUUGACACAGGACAAAAACAACAAGUGUAAAUUAAGCCACUUUUUUGGUGGUGGUAUGAAAUUGAUUGUAUGUUGCUUUGCUGUUUUAUCCUUUGCUAUAACAACUAUACUGAUUUUACAAUUGGUUUAUGCCAGUAAAUUAUUACAGGCUAAUAACAGUAUUCAUGGUGCUGUUGCCACAGAUUACACUAAUUGUUCACAGAUAGGUACUAAAAUAUUAAGAAAGGGUGGUAAUGCAAUAGAUGCAGCUAUAGCUGCUACUGUAUGUAUGACAGUAGUAGCUCCACAUAAGACAGGUCUUGGUGGAGGUGGCUGUAUGAUGUUAUAUAGCCAUAAAGAUAAAUCGGAACCAUUAGUCAUCAAUUUUGCGAACAAUACUGUUGGAGGUAUUUUUGGCACAAUAGGAAUGCGUUUACCUGCCGUUUUGAAAGGUUUAGAAUUUGCGCAUGUUUUAAAAGGAGUUUUACCAUGGAAUGAAAUUAUAGAACCAGCUGCAAAAUUAGCUAGAACAGGAUUUGUAGUAUCAAAAGAAUUAGAAUAUGAAUUAUCAAAUAACAGUGACUAUGGGAUGCUUUAUGGUCAUAUAAAUGCUGGUGGUAUCUUAAAAUUAAAUGAUCUUGCAGAUACAUUAGAUGCAGUUGCAAAGAAUGGCACAAUUGUAUUAUAUAAUGGGACAUUGUCAUUAAAACUUUUACGUGAUGAAGUUAAGAAAGAGGAAUUAUUACUACAAUUAGCAAAUUACAAACCUGAAAUGAGUACAGCAAAAAAAAUUUCAUUUUAUAAACAUUUAUUAUACUAUCCCUCAGGUGCAUUUGAUUUUGAAUCUUCAAUAACUGCACUAGAAAAUCUCAAAAUAUCUCCCGAAAUUGUAUCUAAAACUGAAACUAUGGCUCUUGUUGCUCAAACAUUAUUGCAUUCUAAUUUAAGGACUCUAGACAUGAUAAAAAAUGUUGAAGAAGAAAGAUAUACUGGUGUCAUGGUAAUGGAUGGACAAGAUACUUAUGUCAGUGUUUUGACUGGACUAAGUGCACCAUUAGGAUUGGCCCACAUGACUGGCACUGGCUUUUUACUAGAUAAAACUAGUAAUGAUAAUGAUUUAUCAACACUACUUCCAAUUAUUUUUCAUAAUGAAGAAAAAUCAUGUGAAUUACGUGGAGUACUUGGAACUGAUGAUACAAUUUUAAGUAGCCAACUUCUAUACCAUUUGAUAGUACGAGGUCUGAAUGUUUCUUCUGCUAUUGAACAUCCAAGAUACUAUCUUUUAUCUGAUGGUGUUAGUAUAGAAAAUGAUCAAUUACAUAUAUUAAAAACUGUAUUACAAAAUAAAUCGAAUGUUUCAACAUCUAUAUCAAAUAUUGAUGCCAGUUCAAUAUCAAAAAGUGUAAAUGCUAUUAUAAAACACGAAGAUUUGAUAACAAGUCAUUCUGAUAGUCGUGGAGGUGGUCUUGCAUCUAGAUUUUAAAAAUUUUUACUUUUGAUAUAAUUUUUAUACAGUGAUAAAAAGUAUACACAAAUAUUUAUAAAUGCUACAUUAUUUUAUUUUAUGUACAUUACUAUAUGAAAAAUUUUUUAUAGUUUAUUUCUUAAAUAAAUGAUAUAGAAUUAUAAUAAACUAGGAACUUUCUCUCUCUCUCUUUAUCUCUCUUUAAUAUCCUACUGUAUAAUCUAUAAGUAUAUUUCAUACUUUUUGUUGCAAUCUUUCAACUUUGUAUUCUACACUUAAAUCAAGUUGUCUAAAUCUUGCAUAAGCCGCACUACUACUUAAAACAAUAAUAUUGCUAGUCCACCACAAAAAUGACUUGUGUUCAUUAAACCAAUAUGUUGCUAAAACAGUUUGUGCACAAGCUUUUGCAGUACCACUAACAUUAUGUGUUAAAGGAGAUGUUACUUUUAUCUGAAGAGUUGUAGCAUAGCCAAUUGCAAAACCACAAAUACCACCUAUGACCAUUGCACUCCAAAAAAAGGGUUCUCCAAGUUUGUCAUAAUUGUAAACUACCAAAUGUUCGCCGUUAAACAGCAUUAAAGGUAUAAAUAGGAAAACACUGUAUAAAUUAUUAUAAUAAGAAAGUAACCAAAUAUCUUGAUUUACUGCAGGAAGAACCUGUUUAGUAUGAAUUGAAUAUAAAGAGAGAAUUAAUGAUCCAACUACACCUAAUAUUGUUCCUAAAACAGAUAAAGAACCUGCAUCAUUUUCUUGAUCCACGCCAAGCCAAAAUCCAGUAAUAAUCAUACAACAGCAUAAAAUGCAUUUUAAUGAAGUCUUUUGUCCUGUAAAUGUAAAGCAAAAUUUGUUUAAUAUUUCUUUAAUAUUUAUACACAUCAUUCUUACCAAGUAUUAAAUAAGUGAAAAUAACAUUAAACACGGUAGUUAAUGAUCUGCCCACAUAAUAAAAUGCAACUCCAACGU